GACGUGGUGAACCCUAUAUAUUAUCUAUCUAUCUAUAUCUUCUUCAAGAGAGAGAAAAAGACGAGGGAGGUUGAAUUUCGAGAUGAUGAAGGUCAGUUUCAUAAUCAUAGCUAUGUUAAUGGUAGGUACAGUAUCCGGUAAGAUAUCAACUAAAAAAGUUUCACCAGCUCCAGCUCCAGCUUCAGCUCCAUCUCCGGUUGAGCAUUAUUCAUAUCCGCGGCAGUCAGAAACCGGAAUGCCUCCAUCUCUUUCACCAUCGGACUCUCCGACAACGAUGCCUCCCGGUUACAUUCACCAGCCACCGUCUCUGUCACCAGAAGAAAGUGAUCUCAAAUACAGUGAUGGUAGUGGAACAGAGAGGGAAAGCUCAUCCGGAGGUGGAAAGAAGGCCGGAAUCGCGGUUGGAGCGAUCGCAGCAGCGAGUAUGGUUGGUCUGGGAGGGUACGUGUUGAAGAAACGGCGAGAGAACAUUCGUCGAUCACGAUAUGAAUAUGCCGCUACUGAGAUCUUCUGAAGAGACAGAAACUUGCUCAUGGAUGUGGUUUAUAUAUAUAUAUAUAUAUAUAUGUAUGUUUGUUAUUACAAUCUAUUUGAAAACUGAAUGUUUCUACUUAUCUGGUAAUUAAAGUUGAUUAGUGAUUAUUAUCUUGGAUCCCAUAAUAUAAAUUGUUGCUAGGACUAAGCCCAACCAGGAGUUAUAUUAUACGUUAUCCUUUCAAAA